AUGUUAAUAUGGUUAGCAUUAUAUUUUCAUAAAAUAUUAUUAGGAGAGAAUUACUUUAGAAUAAUUAUGAUUUUGAGUGUAUUUUGGAUUUCUAAAUAAUUCAGUAUUUUAAAAGGAUUAGUCUAUUUACUUUUAUUAGUUGGAUAAUUAAAGAAAAAAUAAUAAUUUAAAAUCACUAGACACUAGACGUUAUUCAUGUGCAAUCUCAAUUUUAUAUUUGGCAUUCGUUUAGUUUUUUUUAUUAAAAUUAUUUAAUAUACCAUAAUUUAAGGUGAAUGUUUAUUUUCAAUAUUUGGGAGUCUAUGAAUAACCAUAAUUUAAUCCAGAUGAAUUAUUAGCUAUUUGGGAUUAUUUUUAUAAUAGAUUCAAUGUAAUAAUCAUUGAUUUAUUAUAUAUUCUUAUCGUCAGUUGGCUUGUCUAUUCAUAACAAACUAUUGAUGAUAGAAGAUGUUAGAAAAUAAUAAAUGAUUUAAAUUCUAAAGAUAGACCAAUUAGACUAUAGAAACCAAGUUGUUGGACUAAAUUCAAAUAGAAUUUAUCAAAUUUUAAUUAUUAAUUUUAGAAGAGUUUCUUAAUUCAUUUUGAUGAAAUAGUCAUCAUUUAUUCACUUAUUACUGCUUUACGUCAUGCAGAUAUUUUCAGAGGUGUCUUUUUAAUCUUCUUUAUACUUUAUGCUUUUGCACCACUUUAACAAAGAAGAAAGUAUAUGAGAAAUCAUUUAAGCAUUGGAUAUAUUAUAUUAUUCAUAUUAUAUUCAAUGUAAUUGAUGUUUCUAAGAUCAUUAUCCACACUCAAUUUUGUAUUUAAAUUUGGUGGUUUGGAUGAAGUUACACAAUAAUUUCAAUUCUCUUUCUAUUUCAUCUACAAAUAUUAUGAUAUCGUUAUAGAAUGUGUAUUAUUAACAUUUUCAAUUUAAGUAAUCUAAAAAAGUGAACAUUAUUAAGAAUACAAGAAAAAAUUAAAUAAUUAUAAUCUCGAUUAUUUAUAGUAAAUAUUUUACAAUAAUGGAUUAAUUUUUUGUUAAAUAAUUGCUUUAAUUGUAGCAUUUAUUCCACCUGCUAAUUUGUUGUGA